UCCUAUGCAUUUUCCAGUGGCCGAUACAAGGGGUCCCCAUGGGUUGGAAUCCAGUUGACGGCAUCUGGUACUGGUAGCUUAGAUGCGUCUGUCUCAGUGACAUCCUCUUUGACUCCCUGGAGGAGGCUCUCCUGUUACGCACACCCUUCUGCUGUGUUCUCUUUUCCUAGCGUACUCAUGGUUUAUUUACUGUGCCUUCCUGCUAGACAGCAAGCUGCCUGAUGGCAGGGUCGUGUCUGCCUUGGUAACUGCGGGGAUCCAACGCAUAGCUCAGUAUCUGCACAGAGCCGGCUGUUAGCCAGUGCCGAUUGAGAGAGAGGAGUCUAGUUUCCAGAUCAGUGAGUUGGACUGAUUGACUAACGAGGAAGUAUCUGUUAGAGAGGAAUAAAUACCCACCAAGAUUCAGUGUUUUCUUACUAGUGUAGUGCUUAUUGAAUACUUCCUGUAACUAUAUACACUUUUACGAAAAUGGGAUCAGGUAGCAUACCUUUUUUCUUUUUUUUUUAUUUUUGUUUUAUUGAUUAGUUUUGGAAGACACCCCUACACUGAUAUGGCCUAAUUGACAUAACCAAGAAAGCCCUACUCCAAAACUAGAUUACAUCUACAGGUAAUCUUAGCCAGCUGGUACCGGAUGUAUACCAAAAUAAUGGACUUGAUUGGUAUUCAAACCAAGAUAUGUUGGACAGUUACCAGAGGAGAAGGACUCAGUCCUAUUGAAAGCUGUGAAGGUUUGGGAGAUCCUGCUUGCUUUUAUGUGGCUGUCAUUUUUUUUUUAAAUGGACUAAUGAUGGCAUUAUUCUACAUAUAUGGCACAUAUUUAAGUGGCAGCCGAUUAGGAGGCCUGGUUACAGUGUUAUGCUUCUUUUUCAAUCAUGGAGAGUGUACCCGUGUGAUGUGGACACCACCUCUCCGCGAAAGCUUUUCAUAUCCAUUCCUUGUACUUCAGAUGUUGCUUGUGACUCAUAUUCUCAGGGCUACAAAACUUUAUAGAGGAAGCUUGAUUGCACUCUGCGUUUCCAAUAUAUUUUUCAUACUUCCUUGGCAGUUUGCUCAGUUUGUACUUCUUACUCAGAUUGCGUCAUUGUUUGCAGUAUAUGUUGUGGGGUAUAUUGAUGUAUGCAAAUUACAGAAGAUCAUUUAUAUGCACAUGAUUUCUCUUGCACUUUGUUUUGUUUUGAUGUUUGGAAACUCAAUGUUAUUAACAUCUUAUUAUGCUUCCUCUUUGGUAAUUAUCUGGGCUGUGCUGGCAGUGAAACCACAUUUGCUGAAAAUAAAUGUAUCUGAACUUAGUUUAUGGAUUAUCCAAGGAUGUUUUUGGUUGUUUGGAACUAUCAUACUCAAGUAUUUGACAUCUAAAAUCUUUGGCAUUGCAGAUGAUGCUCACAUUGGCAACUUAUUAACAUCAAAAUUCUUCAGUUACAAGGAUUUUGAUACUUUAUUGUACACCUGUGCUGCAGAGUUUGACUUUAUGGAAAAGGAGACUCCAUUGAGGUAUACAAAGACAUUGCUGCUUCCUGUGGUUCUUGUAGUAUUUAUUGCAAUUGUUAGAAAGAUUAUUAGUGAUAUGCGGAGUGCCUUAGCUAAACAACAAACACAUAUAAGAAAGCACCAAUUUGAUCAUGGAGAGCUGGUCUAUCAUGCACUGCAACUGCUAGCGUACGCAGCCCUGGGCAUUCUGAUUAUGAGACUAAAACUCUUCCUGACCCCACACAUGUGUGUGACGGCUUCCUUGAUCUGCUCAAGACAGCUGUUUGGAUGGCUCUUUUGCAAAGCACAUCCUGGUGCUGUUGUUUUUGCUGUAUUAGCAGCAAUGUCAAUACAAGGUUCAGCAAAUCUACAAACCCAGUGGAAUAUCGUUGGGGAGUUCAGCAAUUUGCCACAAGAAGAACUUAUAGAAUGGAUCAAAUAUAGUACUAAACCAGACGCGGUGUUUGCAGGAGCCAUGCCCACGAUGGCAAGUGUUAAACUCUCUGCUCUCCGGCCCGUUGUGAAUCACCCACAUUAUGAAGAUGCAGGGCUGAGGGCCAGAACAAAGAUAGUAUACUCAAUGUAUAGUCGAAAAGCAGCUGAAGAAGUGAAGCAACAGUUGAUCAAGUUAAAAGUCAAUUAUUACAUUCUAGAAGAGUCAUGGUGUGUAAGAAGAUCUAAGCCUGGUUGCAGCAUGCCUGAAAUUUGGGACGUAGAAGAUCCUGCUAAUGCCGGGAAGACUCCCUUAUGUAACCUCUUGGUGAAGGAGUCAAGGCCUCACUUCACCACUGUGUUCCAGAACAGUGUUUACAAAGUCUUAGAAGUUAUAAAAGAAUGACUGCUACUGGAACUGCUGCCUGCACAGAGCUCCAUCAGUAAUGGUUUUAGCAUUUUGCUAAUAAGUCAUACACUGUUUUUAAUUCAGAUCACAAAAACUUUUAUAGAUAACUGUUUUCAAAUAGAAAACGUUUUAUUUGGUGAAUUUGAAUACCAUUCUGAUUGUUAAAAAGUACUUAUACCUUAUCAAUUGGUUAUUAUUUCAUUGCAUCCCUUAAAAUUUGCUAUGCAAAUGAGUAUGUGCUUGUACGACUUAAAUAUUUGUGCUUAAAUGAGCAAAGCUACCUGUAUAAAAGAAAUAUGGCAAGGAUGAUAAUACAGUCCAUUCUGAACUGUGUAGGGGCUGAUUUUACAGUUCAUGGCUAUGGACACCCCUUGCUGCUGCUUCUGCCUCUUGCUAUUGUUUUGGAUAUUUCAAUAAUUAUUGUAAGCUUGUCAGUCAUGUCAGCCCCGGUCAUCAGCUUGAGUAAGAGUAGAUGGGGCAUAGACGUGGGUGUUUGUUAUGUGGAAUUACCUGUUUAUUUCACUUCUUUAGGUUCUUUUUGUUUUCUGUUGUCCUUGUUAAUGAAACAUUUCCUACCCAUUAUUAAUCCAAACUUCUGGUCUAGUGGUUUGGACAAAUUCCUUUAACUAUUAACUGUGCAGCAUUAGUGUGUCUUCUCUCUGUCUCCUUCCGACAGUCUUCGUCAGAUAAGUGCUAUUUACUCAUUUAGUUACUUACGAAGUACUUAUUUUUUGUUAAAAAAAAUUUUUCAGUGGCAACUCUGUUUUUCUCAUUUUUAGUAUUAUUCAAAUUUUUAUAUUUUAACUGUUAAAUCACUUUUAAAAUUUUUUAUGUUUAAUUGUCAUUUUAAGAAAACCAAUUUUGAACACCUACAAAUAUAAUGCAUUUAGAAACUAAUGUGUAUUUGAGUAGACAUAAUUUACAGUGGAACAGUAGGCUGUAGUAUGUGGUAAUUUUUCUUUUACUAUUAAGAUACAAUAAAACAUGACUAAUUUUUCUGUCAAAAAACUAAAUGAAUAAUGAUAAAUGAAGUGUUUAUAUUUUACUUUUAAAUAAAUGUCCCAUCUUUAAUGAGACAAAAACGUAAUGUUAUAAAUUUGGUUCAGAAAACCAUCAUUUCACCAUAUGAGGAGUGAGCAUAUUCAGCCUUCCUCUUUAUUUUGAAAAAUUUCAAAACCUGCUUUGAAUUCCUUGUAUGAAUUUUCGUUUCUUAGAAGUUAAUUUGUGUGAAAUGAGAUUCUUCAGUAUGGUAAAUUCUCAUAAUUCUGAGAAACCAUUUUAAGAUUUUAAAUUCUGAGCAAACCAUGACUAUGGCUGACUACACUAUUUAAUUACACAGUGUUCUCUUUAUUAACUACAGGCAGAUUAACCUCACUGUGGAUUGUCCUUGAGCCCUGAGUCCUCAGGACUGGUUUCCGGUGCCCACUCCUGGGAGCCACUGAAGAUCUGUUCUCUUUCUGCCUUCUUACCAGAGCCGAAGGACGAGCCUGGUCAGGGGGAAGCACUAGCUUUCUUAUGUUAGGAAGCUGAAAGACAGCACAUCCAGCUGAGGGGUGUUCCCUUGGUGUGGAGCAUCCCCUGUCCCCAGAGCCGGGUCUCCUUCCCUAGAGUCAGCUGGGGAGAUGCUACCUUUGUUCUCCAGAUUCCCUGUCACUCUUUCAUUUGCUGGUCUACUGGUUGAUUUCUUAGGCUUUCGCUCGUUUCAGAAAAUAGGAAGCAGCUGGGGAGUUGUAGAUUAGGAGAAAAAAUUUUGAGCAGCAGUGCAGCAAUCCAUCAAAAUGGCAAGAGGGCACUGAGGCUGAGGGAGGAUAGGAGGGACUCUCUCCCACCGUCCUCCGUGUUCGUCCAUAGCUGUGGUGGGGAUAAGUAGGACUGUGCUUGCCUUUAUCAGCAGCUGUUCUCACCCAAAUGUGGCUGAUUGAGUUCACCCAGCACUUAGAAUUUUUUUUUUUUUAAAUCAUACUUUUAAAGUUAUUCUCCAUUCUUCCCACCCUCCAAUAAUCCCCUUCCUAAUAAGUUCACAUGUCAUCAAUGGAAUUCUGUACAGGAAAAAAAACGUUAAAAUACUGUUAUAACUGUUUCAUAUGCUGGGAAAGUUAGAAGUUGUCUUUUUUUUUUGAGAAGAAUCUUUUUGUAACAGUAUUAAUAUAACUCCACCAGCAAGCUCUGAUGAUAUUUUAGGCAACUCUGUUUGGAACUGAGGCCUGGGUGGGUGAACUGCACCCUCAGCCUGGAUCCUAUCUGGUGGCAGCUGGUGCUGUGGACUAUAAGUAUCUUUUAUGGCAACAUGGAAUAGAAGUAGGCUCAAUAUACAUGACAAAACAGUAUUCAGCCUCAGUAUUUUAUGUAUUUUUAGCAUUUAAGAAUAUUUUUGCUUUAGUGUGAGGAAAGUUAGGAUGGGCAAGGAAGUGAUAGGAAUAGCUUUUACUGCUGUGACAUUUGGAAAACAAAGUUGGGGCAGUAUUUCUAUAAAAAGACAAGCCUCUAAACAGACUUGGCAAGGAGAGUGUGGUGGUGUAAAGCAGGCCAAUGACAUUAGAGAGAGACUGAAAAGAUGCAUUAGGAAUAAGGUGACAUUGCAUAAGAGGAUUGUAUUUUUGUGGAUUUUAUGCCAGUUGUUUACAUGUACUAUAUAUGUUAAAUAAAAAAGAUCAUGAAACAUAGGGAAAA